GAAGAAGGAAGUUCAAUUUUGCGCGGGAGACCAGUUUAACAUAGCUAGGCGAAUGUAAAACAAAUAGUUUCGUUUGGGCACCACUGAGAGCUCGUCAAACAUGCCAAAGCGAGAGGAGUUUCUACGUUCUGUCAGCCACGACACAGCGGAGGACUUCCUAAACUUCAUCAGCCUGCAUAGGGACAGCGCAGACCCCUUCGACCUGAACGAGGUGCUGCAGGAGCUGCCGAAAAACCAGAGGGAAGAGCUAUGGGAGCGGCUACUUAGGCUGCUGUCUGAGGCGCUGGUGGCGUUCCCCAUCGAGCGCUGGAAUGCUGGCAUGGACGACGACAGCGACGACGAAAUGGAAGUGGAGGUCGCUCCCGAACUGAAACGGACUAUGGCAGUAACGGCAGGAGUGACUGAGGUGGCCACUGCUUCUGUAGCAAUAAUACAGGAAGGUGAUGCUUACGGCAGCCUGCUGCAAUGUGCCAACAUAUUAAAUGGCAUCCUGAGCUCGCUGCCUGCCUCAGAGGUGCCUGUGCAGCUGGGGAUCCUGCAGCUGUGCGAACGCUGGUGGCGGAUGGAGCUGGUGGGCAGACAGGAGCUGGGCAGGACGGCUUUUGUCUUCUGCCUGGAGAAGACCCUCAUGCUGAAGAAUCCGGGCGCUGAGAUUAAGCGGCUGUGGAACAUCCAUGAGGUGCUGUUGAGUGUGGACUUCAAGGCGGAGGAAAGCAAAGGAAUGGUGGACCUGCUGCUCCAGUGUUACCUCAGCGUUGCCUAUAUCAUGCGCGAGGAGGGAAGACGCUUUCUGACCUUCCUGUUCAGCUGGAAUGUUGACUUCAUCUGCAUGAUCCAUGGAACCAUUAAAAACCAACUUCAGUACUUCACUAAGGUCAUCACAGAACAUGUGGCUGAGAUAUAUUUCAGAGCAUGGAAGAAGGCAUCCGGAGUGUUCCUUCAGGAGAUUGAAGCAACGUGCAUCCAGGACUUGAUGCAGUAUGGGGUGUUGCUGAACAGGAGCUCUCCGGUUCGUGCCAAAGUGAGACAGAUUCUGAGCUACUUUCACAACCAGAAGUUGCGACAGGGAGUGGACGAGAUGCUGCACAGACUGUACAAACCCAUUCUCUGGAGAGGCCUGAAGGCACCAAAUUUUGAGGUACGUGCCAAUGCAACCUUUCUGUUGGCGGGAGCAUUUCCUAUUCAUGACCCCAGCGUAAAUGGCGAGAAGAUCAACGAGGCCAUUCAGAGACAGCUGGAUAUCCUCUUUUCUCUUCUGGAAGACCCCCAGCCGCUUGUUCGCUCCACGGCGGCGCUCGGUGUCUGCACGGUCCUGGCGAGGUACUGGGAGAUGAUCCCUCCCACUGUCCUCACUGACUUCCUGAAGAAGCUGGUGACCGAGCUGGCCGCAGACGUGAGCUCCGCGGACGUCCGCUGCUCCGUGUCCAUGUGCAUGGCAAUUAUCCUGGACAACAAUUUGAGCCACCUGUUGAUGGAGCAGCUUUUGCCAGCCCUGAAAAACAGCCUUCAUGACCACUCGGAGAAGGUGCGCGUGGCCUUUGUAGAUUUGCUGCUGAAGAUCAAAGCUGUCAGAGCGGCCAAGUUUUGGAAUGUGUGCUCCAUCGAGCACCUGCUGGCCCGAUUGGCGAUCGACUCGGCCCCCGUUUCGAAAAGGAUCGUCAACCUCCUUUUCAACUCCUUCUUCCCCGUCAACCAGCCUGAGGAGGUCUGGUGCGAGCGCUGUGUUACCCUCAUCCAGAUGAAUCCCAUGGCGGCCAGGAAGUUUUACCAGCACGCGUAUGCCUACACAGCCCCAGCCAACAUAGCCAAGCUGAUGAUGACGAUCCGACGUUGCCUGGACGCCUGCAUACACGCUACUAGAGACAAGGACCCCGAUGAGGCUGACAGCAGCAACAAGGAGAACAUGACCGUGCCGGAGGAUGUCCUCAGUGUCCAGGACACUGCCACCAUGGCCGGUCUGCUGGAGGUGGUGGUCAUCCUGUGGAGGAGCAUCCACAGGUCCCUGGAGCUGAACCGGGACGCCUUCCAGUACACCGUCGCCAAGUUCGCCACCGUGCUGCCCGAGUACUUCCGCGUCUUUCAGGAUGAGCGCUGCACCGCCCCUCUGAUCCUGAUCGCCUCCUUCAUGCCCGCUGCUGCCAUUCCCACCUUCAGUUGCGGAGUCCUGUCCAGGCUGCGGAAGCUGGAGGACGGGGCAGAGGAGUCCCAGUACGGCACGCUCAUCGACUGCCUGUGCAACUGGGGUCAGGUGGGCCACAUCCUGGAGGUCAUCACCGAUUGGCUCAGUGACAGCUUGCCGCAGAGCAAGCAGGGUAAGAAGUGCAGGGUCAGCAUUCAGGAGACCUCGGUUGCCAAGCCAGACUUAGGACUGGACUACCUGGAGUACCUGCUGAUUUACACGGCCAAACGGGACUGCCUGCUGGCCGUCAAACAGAGCCAGCUCAACCACCUGCUCAAAUCGCUCUCAGCCUGGAAGACAGUGCUGUACACCGGCAUGAGCUCCUCGGAGGCCGGAGUCAGUCAGUCCCGGGUGGAGACCGCGCUGAGAGCCUUCACCUUUCACGGUCGACUAAGUGCCCAUCUCCAGCACAAAUUCUCGGAGGGCAGGGACUACUUUCUGGGCCUGGAGAGCUCGGCGGCCUGGAUUGUCGAGAGGGCCCUCCCUUUCAUGGUCACCCCCAGCGAGGGCAGCACGUCCCAGCAGCAGCUGGCGUUGGCCAAGAGGGCCGUUGAAAGCUACCUGACGGUGUGCAGAGAUGUGGUGAUGGUGGGACUUGCGGAUGAAGAGUUCAAAGGACAGGUUCUUCACCUGUGCUUAUCUGUGCUUCAGUCAGAGAAGGGCUACCUCUGCAUGGUCCCGCUGCUGUCUGUGCUGAAGGAGGUGGCGGAGGACUGCCUGGCCCGGAGUGCUCAGAGGCAGAGCGAGCAGCUGGCCGUCCUCCUCAGCAUCGUCUGCGACAUGUUCCAGAAGGUCCUGGAGACCAUCAUGUGUAGACUGCGCAAAGACUCCAAAGAAGGCAUGCAGCUUUGCCGUGCAGCUGUGGUCGUUCUUGGAGACUUCCUCAAUACCAUUCAGGACUGGAAGGCCAUCGGUUCCGAGGCCAUAAACGGGGUGUUUUCAACCAUCUCUGCUGCCAUCAUUGUUGAAAUCCGGCAUUCUCUCCACAAGAUCUCAUGUGCGGAGGAGGUGACGACACCGGAAAGCGUCCAAGACCUGCCCCCACUGUCGAGCUGCCUGCUGGGGGUUAUUCUGAAAUCCCCCAAUGUUACCAGGUCCUUUCUGACUGACCUAAAUGCAUCCGUUGACUCAGAUGAUAUUGACAGUAUAACUGGAUUGGCUGCAGUCUUAAACAUUUUGGCGGUGGUCCGACACAUGGGCAAAAAUAAAUCAGAGCUCAAAAGUAUAGUGGUGUCUAUCCAGAGGCAGCUGCAGAAGCAUUACUCCAUCACUGGCGAAGACAGCGGGAACAUCGAACGGGUCAUUUACGAGUCCGCCAUCAAGACUGUCAAUGAGAUGUUGAUGCUGUGAUCGUGUGACC